AUGCUCCAAAAUAACAACACCCCACAACAACUCUUGCAAGAAGUGGAUGCCAAUAUUUCCUUCCCACAAGAAGAGGAGAAGGUACUCGCCUUCUGGAAGGAUAUUGAUGCUUUUAAAACAAGCGUAAAGAUGUCUGAAGGAAAGAAGCCAUAUUCUUUCUAUGAUGGUCCUCCAUUUGCAACAGGAAGAUUUGGAUGGGAUUGCCACGGUUUACCAAUUGAAUUUGAAAUUGAAAAGAUUCUCAAGAGAGAAAUGAUUGAAAGCCAAAAGCUUCUCUCUGAAGAAGACAUGAAAGACGAGCAGAAAGUGAAGGAAAAGAUUGCUUCCAUGACAUUGAGUCGUGCUGACAUUGAAAAUUAUGGUAUCGCUAGAUACAAUGAAAAAUGUGAAUCCAUUGUCAUGAAAUAUGCCUCAGACUGGGAGGAAAUUAUUACUAGAUUGGGCAGAUGGAUUGAUUUUAAGAAUGAUUACAAGACCAUGAACUUUUCAUUUAUGGAGAGUGUUUGGUGGGUCUUUAAACAAUUGUGGGACAAGGGUCUCGUUUACAAGGGAGUUCGUGUCAUGCCAUACAGUACAGGUUGCACCACUCCACUUUCAAAUUUUGAAGUGGCACAAGGAUACAAGGAUGUGCAAGACACUGCCAUUACUGUUGCUUUCCCAAUCAUUACUAAUGAUGAACGAUUCAAAGAUACUAGCUUUUGGCUUGGACCACUACACCAUGGACUUUGCCAAGUAACUUGGCUCUCUGUGUCAAUGAAAACUUUGACUAUGUGA